ACAUCAAACAUCAAUAAAUCAAACUAAUCAAUACUCAUCGUACAAGUGCGUGAUGGGAGCGUGAUGGGGGGCUCGGGGCAGCAUGUAAGUAGCACGUAGCACAUAGAUAGAGGGGGUAGCAUUAAUGCGAAUUCGUGUGGCGGGGGUACAGGGGGCAAUGGUGUCCGAAAUCAAUAAGUAAUAAAAAGUUUAAUAAAAAAGAGCAAACGAAAAGAAACGAAAAAAGAAAAAACCAUAACCAUAACCAUGCACGACGGAAUAAAUACCAAAUACCAAAUACCAAUACUAUAGCCCCCCCGAGUAUGUGGGAUAUGUGGGGAAGGGGCUUUGUGACAGUGUUACAGUGUGAUGGGCGCGUUAAUGGAGGUGCUCCUUCCUUUCAUUCUCUCGCGUUCUCCUUCGCCGCUUCGCUUCGCUGCGUGAUGGGCUUCGUGAGUUCGUUCGUCGCGACGACUCACCCUCCUUCCCUUCCCUUGCGUCACUUCCGUUCUUCCCCAGUCCGUAGUCUCCUCACCCCCGGGCCCC